UAUAGGUAUAUACAUAUAUAAAUAUAUAUAAGUAAAUACAUGACAUAUUCGGAGUUUGAUUAUGUACGCACCCUUUCUCACGCCUUCAAGGCCCCCGGAAGUCAGUUCUGGUAAAAGUGCAGACAUUUUGUCAUACGUAUACCACCUGACUCGGCGCUUCGCAGCUGAUGACACUGACCAAGAUACUUAUGUACAAACGAAUGAGCAUUUCGACUAUCGUAGCGGCACAACAUCAACACACACACAAGAGAGCUAUGAGUGCGAGACCUUUGUGGAUCACGAGCAGUACUGGACGAGUCUGUCUCGCAUGAUAUGGUUCAUUAUAGGCGUCACAGCCCUAAUUGUAUUCCGCAAGUGGGAGCCGCUGGUACAUCGGUCGUACGCCAUGCCGUUUGUGAUUAGCGCGUGGUUUAUCUUAGAUGGCUUCAUCUUCACCAUGUGUGCAAUUGAUGCAGACUGGGUGUGCUCGUAUCCGUCUAUGCUGAUUAGAUGGUUAGGUAUAUACAUGGUGGGGCCUGUUUACUGCCUUUAUCUGUGGCACCAGACAUUAGCAUACAAACUAGCCCUCAUGAAUGUACAAUACGCUACCAACAUACCUCAGAUAGAGAUAAACCUUCCCGCGAAUUGGCAAUCAAGUAUAGCACGACAAAUACUUCUUCACAAAGACCAAGACUGCGAUGUAUUCGAUGUAAGUGGUAGCUCUGAGCAUUGGAAGGAAAUCAUUAGACGCCAGAGGGCGCGGACGACUACUAGUGAUAGGACCGUUGGUUAUAGCAGUACAGGAUCUAAGAUAUUUCAGGGGCUAAGCCGAUCACCGCCUCUGCGACGGUCACACAGGAACAAGCGCCCGUACUUGAGUCAAUCCGUGAAAGAGGACGGAAAAUGGGCCGCCAGUGGGGCCAAGAGUGACGUGGAUGCAGAGGAAGGUGACGGCAAUACCAAUAGGAAGAGGAGUCUGGUGCAUAGAACUAUGAGCGAUGCAGCUGUGUAUUUCGACAAACGCAAGCAUCUGGCACGAUCCAUGUCCCGGCAGAGGUCGUAUGAAUGUGACCGGCGAGGCGAGUAUGCGCAUAAUGUGCUCAGCCUAACCCCACAGACCAGUCCCACCAUUGAUGGGAGUACUAGUGGCAGAGGGGGCGAUAGUAAGGAGACAGUCAUUCGCAGAAAAGGUGGAUUGUAUAAUAGUAACGGUGCCAGUCAGUGUGGUACUAUGUCCGUGAAUUCGGGGUGUACGAGGCCCGAUAGAUCGCCAGAUGUUGCGCAUCGACUGUCCGUACCGGCAAAUGCAGCCGGGGUUGUGAAUUGCGGAUGCCCUGCGUGUGGGCGUGUGAAUGUGUGCAUUGGUGAUUCGUUUGUGUGCGAGUGCGGCAUGGCUGGUGGUGCGUGGUCGGAGGAGGCUGAGGGGAACCGUGGCAAAGAGGAAGGUGGGGGUUCACAGCUGGGUUCGGGUGCAUACAAAUACGAUGGUGCCACAGCACAUACGAAUAAGCACAGGCAUACGAAUGUCAUCGCUGACACUCAUGCCAGUACAAAUGCGGAAGGAGAUGGUGCUCAGAUGGGUGACAGUAAGACUAUGGAUACUUCCCUGAGUGGUGAGUAUGUAGGUACGAAACCUGCGAACAGCUGCCACAAACACACUUGUCGAGAUACGUGUACGUGCGAGAAUAAUGCACGUGUUAAUGUGAAGGUGGAGUCCCUGAGUAUGGUUGAAUUGCCGCAAUCCCGCCGUCCAGUUAGUAUGAGUGAUUGUGAGCAUCGAGACUCGGACAAGAAGAGCAUUAGUUUUAUGGAUGACAACCAUACUGGUCAAACCAGCACCGACCCUGGUAAACACCAACAGGACAAGCACAGACCAAAUCAACCGUACCAAAUACAAACCGAAGGGCAAGGGGAAAUACGUAGUAGUAUGGCACGGUCAGACUUCAGUACUACCUAUGGAUCACCACGGGAUAGAGAUAUCGGUACAAUGUGGGACCACGAAAGUUCCAUGGAUAUCGUACUGGCGGGAGAGGAAUACGAAGAUGGGAACCAUAACGACGGCGACCACGAGCACGAGGACGAGUCUGAAACGGUCUCCGAGCCUAAACACGCACAGGUUAAUGCGUACAACCCCUCAGACAGUUCAAUAGCGGCGCUCUCGAGAGAGUCCUAUGUCGUAGAGGUCACAGACAGUGACGAAAUAGACCCAGACGCGCCGUGGUUAAUGCGGCACUGGCAGUGGCUGAUGAACUGGGCCACAGUUGCAGCAUUCACGACUAUUGCGGGAACCCUGCACUUCCUGCCUAUGUUCUUUGUGGUGGACGCGGAAGCAGUCGCUCAGUCAACACAGGAGCGGUGUCUGGAGACCCGUAUCACGGAUCCCAGUCUGUGUCUGACACACACAGGGCAACAAAUCAACAAUUACAUGUUCUUCGUAUAUCUGCUGAUUGUGGUGGUCUCAGCAGUGCCUUAUAUUGCUAUAGUCAAGGACGGCUACUUCCAAUCUGUCACGACGUACACGUACAUGGUGUGCAUGGGCGUCGACGUGGUGGUGAAUCUCAAUACAGUGAUGGAUUUUUGGUCGUCGUCGGACAAUAGUAUCGGUACCUAUGUCAUGGAUCUGUCAUAUUCCUUACCGCUGCUUGUUGUGCCGGUUAUGAUGGCUCUGUGGAUGCAUUACUUUCUGUUCAAUCCGGAUUUAGGGGAUAUCUUUGGCCCCAUGGGGAAUUUUGGUGACAUCCACAUGCUAAACCAGACGGAGCUCCACGAACUUGCCAUCAAAGCAAACGGCGAAGGGUACCAUGACAGCAGCCACAGCGAUGUCGACCAGGCGAACGGUAUUGCCUUAAUGGGUAGAAGUGCUGUAGGGCUUGGCUUAGGGAAUAUGCAAACAGGACAAGGCUCAAGUGGGAUGGGAAACCGUUCCAGCAUGAGCGCAUCGCGCACGUCCAUCCAUUCAGUACCGAUGUUUACUUCCGGCCCGCCAUCGGCUGAGUCCAGGAAGGGAUCGUACAUCAGCACAAGCCACAGCGUCAAGACAACGACAAGUAGCAUCAAUAGUACUACAAAUAUAGGCCCCACUGCGAGCAUGAGUGGGAAUUCUUUGGGACACUCUAUACUGCUAGCCGGCAGUUUGUGCGCAGCUAAAACGCUGGAGGAAGAUAUUGGUAGUAGUGAUGACUACGAUAGGGAGUUGGACAAAUCAGCCCUAGAGGGGCCCAAUUACACGACUAAGCGCAGUUUAUCGGAGGAAACCCCGGCUUCAAUAAGAAAUCCGUCGCAGGACAGUCAGGAGACGGGUGAGGCGUAUGAUCAUAUGGGCGUAGGGCUGGAAACGAGUACUCUGAAUUUCCCGGCUGUGCGGACACGAGGCCAGGGGCCGCUCAGAGACAUGCAUGCCCAAGAAAGUACGCUUGCGUUGGGAAGCGAUGAAAUUGAAGACGGUGGUGUGCAAGACGAUGGGGAAGAGGACAAGCAUAUGGGUGUGGUACACAGGUUUGUGGAGGCUAUUAAACGACCCUUUCGUAGUGGGUUCGAUGCCUCCGGUGGUCGGCACACACACCUUGGAGCAUCCAAGCACAUACAUAUUCCGCAUGUUUUGAUACAUGGCAGUAGGGGCAAUGAAGAUAGGGGUGAUCAUCAAACCGCCGAAAGUUCCUUAUAUAGACCUAGAGUGGGCGUUGAUACGAGUCAUGGCGCGGUUAAGGAGUUGCCGACCCCGGAUGGCGUAUCCCAUUUUGGGACUGGUACCAAUAUCAACGUGAACACCAAUAGUAAUACCACUACAUGUACUGACACUAAUACUAACACAAUUAUGGGAAGACGAGAUUUCCUUAGGACCAAGGAGAGCUUGUUGGUAGAUCAAGCAUUGAGAACACCUCCUGUCCAACCCCAAAUUACUAAUAACCAUACCACGAACCAUACACACAAUGGUAGUAAACGCGAGAGAUUGAGACAGACUAUGGCCCGAAUUUCCGAUUGGGGAACUCACAGCCCACAUACAGCGAGGCGUUUUGCCCGUACUAGUGCUAGCUCAAACACCCCCCAAUAUGACGGGAAUGAUACGAUUGCAUCCCCAAAUAUGAAUGCCAAUCCAAAUGUGAAUUGGAAUAUGCACGGAGCCGCCAGUCAGAAUUUUGUUUUAGGCGCAAACGAGCGUGUGCUUUCGUCCUCUCUUACGGUGUUACCGGCUGCGCGGUUCAAUCUGGAGCUGGUCCUGAGUGACCCCAUAUUGAGGCAAGCAUUGCUGGAGUAUUCCGUUAGCUGUUGGAAUAGUGAGAAUUUGUUGUGCUACGAAGCAAUCAUCGAGUUUGAGAAUAUGCUGAAUAACACCACUGUGUUCAACGCGACUAGUAGUAGCUUGGAAAGAGUUUUAGCGCUGGGUUAUACCAUGGGCGGUAUGGGCCAGCUAGCCUGGCCUAUCGCACAGGUAACGGAACAAGUUGAGGCCAAAGCGAAGUUGAUAUACAAGAACUUUAUUGCUCCUAAUGCGAUCAUGUCGGUGAAUAUAUCACAUGAGGCUCGUGGUAGGUUGAUCAAGGUGUUUAGUGAUGCACAAGCAUUGAAAGCGAGUGUGCCUCAGCUGGCAAGGAUCAAAGGUUCGAAGCCUAAUUCUUCUUCUGGGAGUGUGGUGGAGGCUCGGCCAACAUCCAAUCAGAUUGAUUCUGUGGAUAGAACGCCUAUUGACAGAACGCCUAGCAGUAUCGCUGGCACACCCACUGUCAAACCGAAAAGAAAUUCGUUGGACCAUACGGACAGCAGCACCUCGAAUAUGGGCGAUGCAGGUACCCACACCAAUAGUAAUAGCACUACGAUCACGAACAACAGUGUCAGUAGUAGUAAAGGAUUGGGUGUAUCAUCUCCGCGCAAUCCUCUGCUGAAUUCGAAGCUCUUCUCUGAGGUGAAGGAGAUAGUGGGCGAUUUCCUGCUGAAUACGAUCCGUUUCGGGUUUCGGUCGUCCAGCCAAUUCAAGAAGUGCUUGGACGCGUACAGGAAAAGGCGGGAAGCACUGAUGCGCCAGCGACAAGGGUUGUCAUAGAGUCAGGUAGGAGCAACAUGGAUAGUUGUAGUUUUGGAUUGCCAUCGGUUCCUGGAAUAGAAGUGAACAAUCAUAUGUACUCGUAAAAAAACAUAGCUGUGCAUGUAUUCAAGCGCAUUUGUAAAUACAUCUACCCGGACGAAGAGUAAGAUUUGAAUCGCCGAUGGUAACAGACUCGUGCACGACUUUAGAAUGUGCGCAGGAGGUUCGAUCAUGCACACAUGCGCACGACGCACUAAUUGUGAAUUAUACACAUAACCAAUAAAGAGUGCCAGUGAAAGACUACUGUAUGUAGUAUACCAUC